AAAGGUGCAGAAGCUGGUCUUGACUGCCGACUGGUGUCGGUGUGUUUCAGUGAUCUCGCGGUAAACAGCAGCAACAUGGCUUCAUUGCUGCGCUCAGGAAGUGUAAGCAGUAUUUUUAGCGGCUUGAAACGAGUUUUGACAACGCGUGGACCUCGAUAUGAUUCUCUCACCUUGCACAACGGCCAGGGCCAUCCUCUGUGCCCCACACUCGCCAGAUUGCUCUCAGCCCAGAGGCCGGUUGAAAAUUUGUCCACUACAUCACAAGCAUCACAGGGCAUAGAUCGUGCCCUCUACCGAAUUGAUACAGACAUAAGGCGCACAGGUCGCAUUUAUCUGAGGGACGUAGAGGACAUCUAUAGUGAGAUUAAAACUCUAAAACAUGCCUCCAGCACACAGUCUUUGCUGUUGUUACGGUGUUGUGGAAGUUUGGUGCCAGAGGAACACCCAGAAGUGCGGAAUAAGCUGGUGGAAGACAUCUGGAACACUUUGCAGGAGUUGGGAGUACCACUGGACAUCAGCCAUUACAACACAUUACUGCGUGUGUACCUUGAGAACAACCACAAAUUUUCCCCAACGGAAUUCCUGGCACAGCUGGAAAAGAAUGGGAUGGAGCCAAACAGGGUGACCUACCAGCGACUUAUUUCAAGAUACUGUCAGGAAGGAGACAUUGAGGGAGCUACGAAGAUCUUGGAGUUCAUGAAGGAAAAGCAGCUGCCAGUCGGAGAGAAUAUCUUCAAUGCACUCAUCACUGGGCAUGCCAGAGCAAAUGACCUGGAGAGUGCCUGGGCUGUACUAGAUGUGAUGCACAGUUCUGGUCUGGAACCUACCUCUGAUUCCUAUGCUGCCCUCCUGAUAGCCCAUGCAGAGGCUGGUGAUGCUGAAGGACUGAGCCGCACCUUGAGGGAGUGUGAAGCAGCUGAGUUGACCAUGCAUGACCAUGACCUGCUGGAGGCUGUGUAUUCCUUGGCCACACACGGCCACCAUGUCCUUGUAGCACAAAUGAUGGAAAAAUUACAGCGCCAGCCAGGCUAUGCCCACGAUGCCAUGAAUGUUAUCUACCGCUUGGUCAAUGCUGGAUGCCAUGAGAUCGCUCACCAGAUAUUUUCUACUAUGCGUGUGCCUCAUGUUGGUGAGGGCCAGCCUCAGGCCCCCACUGCUGGUGCAUUCUUCAUCAAGCACCUGGUCAAGAGUGGCACCACGCCAAUGAUAAAGGUGGUUGAGUACUGCCAAGAUCUGAAAGAAAAGGGACUCAAUCCACUGGCCUUGGAACAGGCUCUCAAUUCUGCUUUGACCAAUGGCCGACCUGAAGAGGCCUUGUUUUUGAUGCAAGUGAUGAAGGAUGAGGGGUGUUCCCUGAGGCCCCACUAUUUCUGGCCCAUCUUCCUUCACUAUGGCAGGAAUGGUGAUGUUCAGAAACUGUAUGACACAGCAAAACGCAUGUUGUCAUUUGGCAUUCCUGUCACCAUUGAAACUUUACGGCAUUACAUCCUGCCUGCACUCACAACACAGGGCCAGCUGGAUGCCAAUGGUGUCAUUGGUGGCCUGAAGGAGGCUGGUGUGCCUGUGUCCCUCACUGUCAGUGGAAUGGUGGCCUUCCUGCUGGACACACAAAAGUCUGUGGAGGCUGCCACUCUUUUAUCAAGGUAUCGUGUUCGUGUGAGGUCUGUGCUUCGUAGGGACCUGGCAGACAUUUACAUGAAAUCUGGAGAGACUCCUGCUGUAGUGUCCAUAUUGGGCCAAAUGCUGAACCAUUCUCAGGAUUCAGAUAGAGAUGACAAGGAGGCCCAGAAAGUAGCACACGAAGAUGGAGAAAGUAUUCCCAGAGAAGAAGGGCUGCAGGAGCAACAGCACCAGGACAUAGCUGCUCUGUUCCUUCUAGAUGUUGCAAUCCAAAGUCAGAGGAACAAGAGGCCAGAGAAGCUCCUGGCUGUCCUGCAGGAGAUGGAGCGUCGUGGGAUUGGCAUUAGUAUGGAGGGAGGAGAUGCUUUGAGGAAACGUCUUGAUCUCAGUGUUGAUACAGCCAUCCUGGAAGCCUUGGAUAAAGUGUGUUCAGGGAACCUCACCUUCCAACCUCUGCCCAGAGAGCCUCAGGAACCUUAUAGCCAACGCAGUGCCCAGGAGCUGGAGCAACGGUUGCAAGAGCUCAAAAACAAAAAUCUUCCCACACUUGCUGUUCAGUCUGCACUGCUAAUGGCCUACAUCAGAGGAAAAGAAGUGGAGAAGGCAGAAACUUUCAGGAAGAACUUAGAGGCUGAGAGCAUCCCUUUGGGCACAGGUGUGUAUGUGCUUCUGGUGGACAUGUACGUAGGAGCAGGUGAACUGGAGAAAGCCUUGAGCAACCUUGAAGAGCUGAUGGCACGGGAGCCAGAUGUUAAACUCAAUCAUUAUAAAUACCUGCGGCUUGCAAUGCUCAUGGCACAACAAGGAAGGGCUGAAGAUGUGGUAAAGUUGGUCCAACAUCAUGUGGAGCAAGAGAGCAGUGGUGGGGAAGAUACCACCAUAUUGUCUAACCAAGUAAGGCGUUUGUUGGAGUACAUGACUGAACACUCUGCCGUGCAGUCUGCUCGCCAAGUGCUGGACCUCCUCCUCUCUCACAAGGUGGUGACACCCUCAACACUUCUCUUUAAUCCUUUCAUCAAGGUUCAUCUCACAAGUGAUGAUCUUGAGUCUGCCUUGGGGGAAUUUGAGUCCAUCUGCCAGACACAUCGUCUUACUCCCAUGAAGCAGGAACUUACCACACGCUGCAUUAAUCUGGAAGAUGGGGAAAAGGAUUUUGGUGAAACUUUUGGUGUUGCCUUACCUAACCGAUGUGCCAGUUUUUUGUCGUCUUCACCUAUGGAACGCCAUCUCUCCCGAACAUCUACCUCUCGUAAUAAAUCUUGUGCUCCUCUGUUGUCUCCAGUGUCUCAUACCAAGCAGUCCAGGCUUCAGAAGAUCAUGGAUCUCAGUAUACAAGUGCAUGGAGAGCUCAAUAGUCUUUAUGACAUGGUUUUCGCCUUUGUGGAGUGUGGCAAGGUGCAACAGGCACGAAAGCUAGUUGAGACACCAGGACUUCGUGCAUUCAAUGGCAAGCUGGACCAGAAGUGCAAUUGGCUGAGGGACAUGGGCAAGAUAGAUGAGCUGGCCAAUCUGGUGUCUGUGACCAAGGAUAUCUUUGACAUUGACAGGGACAUGAUGUACUCCAACCUUCUCAAAGCUUAUGUGCAGAAAAAUGACCCAGAUAAGGCUCUUGGGGUAUGGACCAACAUGCAGGAGGAAAACCAUCAACCCUCAGACAACUUCCUUAUUGAGCUUGGUCAGUUCCUGCUGGCCAGUGGUCGUCAGGUACCUUUUGCCAUACCCAAAAAGGAAGCUGCGCCCAUGAGUACCACACCUAAAGGUGAGGUCACACCUACGAGUGAAGCCACAUCCAAGAAAGUAACCGCACAUCAAUCAGAAUCGACAUCUGUUGAACAGUUUAAGCAAGCUCUAAAGAGAAAAGACUGGACUGCUGCUCUGGAUCUCAAGAAACGGAUAGAAGAGUCUGGAGGUCAUCUGAGUAUUACUACAUGCUCAGAUCUAGUAGAAGGGCUAAUCAAAGCAGGCAAACUAAAUGAGGCAACAAACACGGUGUUAGCCAUGGUAUCAGCAAACACUCACCCAAACCCACGUGUUUUCAAGUUUCUUUUGUUAACAUUGGCAAGUGCAGGCCAAGUGGAGCCCAUCAAAGCCCUGGAGCGUUACAUCACUGACCACAGUCUGAAGCGGCGUCUCAAUUAUGACAACUUGCUAUGCACAGCCUACAUUACUGCUGGUCGGAGUGAGGAGGUGCUGGAUGAUCUGCUCAAGGCUGUUAAGAACACCUCAGACAAAAACCUUGAGGAGCUAGCACAGAACUUUCCCAGGGGUGGAAUCCUGGGCAUUCUGGAGAAGGAACCUAACCACUUAGCACAAGUUACGAAAAUAGCUGAGCAGUAUGCAGCGAGUGGAAUAACAAGUCCAGCAAACUGUGUUUGGAUGCAUCUUUUCUCUAUGGGUCAGCAUGAUCAGGCUAAUGAGGUUUACCAGAAGCAUCUGAAGACUUCCACUUCACUGCUCAUGUUUCGAAACAUUAUGAAAUGUGCCGAGAAGGCUGGUGACACUGGCUUACUUGCAUCCCUCACACAAGUCCUUGAGAGCCACCCAGGCCUAUCAAACCAGGCAAAGGGUCUGGUCUACAACUCCUGGAUAGGCAUUCUAUGUAACAAAAACAAAUUUGAAGAAGGUCAGCAGGUGUUGGAAUCGGCCUUACAGACUCUCCACAUAUCAGAUUUGAGUACAAGAGUUCUUACCUCCCUAAAGGAUGGCAUAGAGGAGGCUGGAAAGAAGUUCCCAUACACCAUUCCCUUAAAGGAGAGUGGACCACCGAGACAAGCAGCUGCCAGUAGCAGCAGCAGCAGUAGUGACAGUGAUUGAUUUAUGAAAGAAACAUUGUUUUACUUUAUUAUAUUACAUGUCUUUACCUUUCCCCUUGUUACUAUAAAACCAAUUUGUGUGGCACACUGUGUGUGCAUUCACAAAUCUGUCUCACUAUAUUAGCAAACUUGUAAUUUUGGAUUAAUGCAAACUAAUAAAAAAUGCAUUAAUAAAUUGUGGCUCUUCAAAAGUGUAUCAUAAAUGCAAAAGAGAAAAUACUUCAGUCAGAUAGGAAAAAAAUAACCAAUUAUCAUCUCUGUUUUUGUUAACUUUUUUUUACUUGUUUUCUCUUGGCAGUGAAGUAGGUGUGUACAUUGAAUUUUAGCUGGGCAUUAUAAUGGCAGGUAUAUAGUUCUAAAGAAUUAUUGUCUAUCAAUUUGAUUGUUUUUAAUGACACAGUGCCAUUAGAUGUAUAUGUAUAUAAGCUUACUCAUAUUAAAAAUUAGAUAACAGUUUUGUUAA